AUGGUGAGAAGAAAGCGAGAUGCGCCAACGGAGAGCAGCCCGAGGACGACGCGCUCAAGCACAAGAGUAGCCACGCGAGGUGCAGCGAGACGGACCGCUGCAGGUCGUGAUGGCGCUGUUCCAGACAUUGUGCGCCAGAUGGUGGUCGAGGCGAGAUCCGAAUUGAGGGCUCAAGACGCUCAUGUUUCGGAACGACCCUUGAAGCGCAGGCGUCCAGGAGAGGGGCGACCGGCGAGAUCUGAGACGCCAAAAACCAAGGCCGCCAAAGACAUCAGCAGCGAAUCCAGCAAAGUUAUUGUCGGCGAUGCUUCCGAUGAUAACCUCCGGUUUGAGGAUGUUGUAUUACCAACGCCCACGGUGCAAACCAUGACAAGGGAUUCAGACGAAGAGGACGAUGACGACAUCGACUUUGAAGAUGUAGCGAUCGAGGCCAACGAGCCGUCGGCGACAGUGGUAAGCAAAGAGCCUCGGGUGCUAGAUCUGGACCUGUCCGCGCACAUGGCCUUGGCGCCGCGCCGCGCAGACCGUCGCAAAGCCAUCAGCAAAGAAGAGAAAGAUCGCCGUGUCGAGAUCCAUAAGAUGCAUCUCGUCUGCCUCCUGGCGCACGUGGAGCUGAGAAACCGGUGGUGUAACGAUCGCAGUGUCCAGGAUGCGCUUCGGCCGCUGCUGCCCGAGAAGACGGUGUCUGCCUUGUUACCCAGGGCUAGCCUGAACCAGUUUGGGCGUUCAGAGUCGUUGAGGAAGGGUCUCCAGGAAGCGAAGGAGUUGUUCAAGCUCAAUUUUACCAUCACGGAAAGAGGGAUACGGAGGGCGCUCUGGGCAGAGGACGAAGAACAGUUGAAAGACUAUCAACUUCCGGAUGAUAUCGAGUCCACGCUGGACAAGAGUGAUUUCCUCGAAGCGGCCAAGACGCUGCAAGGUUCCCGCGAUAAGCAGCCAUCCAAGUUCGAGAUUUACGCAGCAGCAGUGGCAAAGCACGAGACCAAGUACCCUGAAUUCCAGGCUGGCGCUACGACCCCCUCUCCCCGCCGACGGCUCGGCCACCCGCACGCCUCCGCCUACCACCCCCCAUCCAUGACCGCACCCUCUCACGCGCCCUCUACGUCCGCAUCACGUGUCGCAAACCCCCAAAACCAUCCGCGGCGAGUCUGCCUUCCCCGUAUACUGGGUCGAAGUCCUCGAUGUCGCCCACCAGAGCUGGCACCCCGUCGACCCGCUCGUGACUGGCACGCCAAUGGAAGCCCCGCGCCCUCGAACCGCCCGCCUCCGACACCCUCAACACACUCACCUACGCCAUCGCCUUCGAAGCCGACGCCAGCGCCCGCGACGUCACGCGCCGCUAUGCCAAAGCGUACACCUCCAAGACCCGCCGCCAGCGCAUCGACGGCCUCCCCACCCCCACCCUCCCGACCACCAUCACGGAACGAGUUCCGCAUUGCUAGUAAAGGUAAGGAGGGGUCAAAGGCGUUGAAGCUUAGUGUUCCGCCAAGGUUUGGGGGGGGGAGGGGGUGGGGGGAGGAUGGUGCGGGGAGUGAUGGGGAACGGGAGGGGGAUGAUGAUGAUGAUCCCGAUCGGGUGGGGUUGUUUGGGGAUGCCGCGAGGGGGUAUGUGCCGCUUUAUAUGAUGGAGCAGACGGACGCGUAUGUGGCACCGCCUGUGGUGGGGGGCAGGGUGCCCAAGAACAAGUUUGGGAAUCUCGACCUGUAUGUGCCGAGCAUGGUGCCUCGGGGCGGCGUGCAUGUCAGGCAUGAGAGGGCUGCGCAGGCGGCGUUUAUUUUGGGGGUGGAUUACGCGCCUGCGCUGACGGGGUUUGAGUUCCGCGGGCGGCAUGGCACGGCGGUGUUGAAUGGUGUGGUGGUGCCGGAGGAGGCGGGGGAGGGGGUGUGGGCGGUGAUUGGGGGGUUGGAGGAUAUGGAGGCGGAGGAGGAGCAGGAGAGACGGUCGAGGCGGGCGUUGAGGAUGUGGAGUCGGUUUUUGAAGGCGCUGCGGAUUAGGGAGCGGAUUUGGGCUGGGGUGGAUGAGGAGGCGGAGGAGGAGGUAGACCAGCCUAAGGGCAAGGGGAAGGGGAAGGCAGUGGAGGAGGACGACGACGUGGGUAUGGAGGAUGCGAGUGAGGACGAUAUGGGAGGAGGCGGCUUUUUUGUGCCGGAUGAAGACGAUGAUGAUGAUGAUGAUGGCGGAGGUGGUGGGUUUAUCGUGGAAUAA